CCAUCUCAUUCUCUCCCAAGUUAAUUUUCUACCCUUCUUCUCCUAUUGCCAUCACACACAUACCUUUCCUUCCUCUCCUUCCUUCUUUCCUUCUCCUCUCAGAGAUUUCGGAAACCUUCCACAAAAAUGGGUGGAAAUUCUCCAUGUGCUUCCUGCAAGUUGCUUAGACGCCGCUGCGCUAAAGACUGCAUUUUUGCCCCUUACUUCCCUUCUGAUGACCCUCACAAGUUUGCCAUUGUCCACAAGGUUUUUGGUGCUAGCAAUGUUAGCAAAAUGUUGCAGGAGCUACCAAUUCAUCAGAGGGCAGAUGCAGUAAGCAGUUUAGUGUAUGAAGCAAAUGCAAGGGUGAGAGACCCAGUUUAUGGGUGUGUAGGAGCCAUAUCAUACCUGCAAAACCAGGUUUCUCAGCUUCAAAUGCAGCUUGCAGUGGCUCAAGCAGAGAUACUAUGCAUUCAGAUGCAGAAUGAGCCAGUAGUCAUGCCAACCCCACAGAUGGACGACCCAGAUGAUGCCAGGUCAUCAUCAUCAUCAUUUCUUCACCCAAAUAACCUCCCUCAGUACCUUAAUUUUGCCUCUUCUAGCAAUGUAAUUCAUGACUCUCUUAAGAGAGAGAGCAUUUUUGGAGACAUUAUUUCUUAAGUAAUAUUACAACUUGAUGAUGCUA